UCACGGGUACCCAAUCAGUCGUCCAGGACCGGCGGACAUUGAAAGGGAGCUGAUCACCCAAAUAUGGGUGAGGAGCACCGUCAGCCCUGUCCGUCACCCACCGUCCCUGGAAGGUGGAAGGAUCCCGGACGAGCCCCCAUUUGUACAGAAAAUCAAGCUCCCAGGAAUAACAAAUAUGCACUUCUUGUCACUUAGAGAGGAAAAAAGUCAACGAAAUCAGAGCUGGAAAGCCAUCUUCAUCAGUACCUACUCUGACCUAGGGAGAUACAUCCGAUGCUAUGCUACACUGAAAAAAGCCUGGGAUGACCUAGAGAAAUACUUGGGGCAGCGGUGUCCUCGGAUGAUUGGUUCUUUGAAAGAGAGUGUGCGGGAGGAAGAUCUAGAUGCUGUGGAAGCACAAAUAGGUUGCAAACUCCCUGAUGACUAUCGAUGUUCAUUUCGUAUUCACAAUGGACAGAAGCUAGUUGUUCCCGGUUUGAUGGGAAGCAUGGCACUAUCGAACCACUACCGCUCUGAAGACUUGUUGGAUAUCGACACAGCGGCUGGAGGUUUUCAACAGAGGCUAGGUCUGAAACAAUGCCUUCCUCUUACUUUUUGCAUUCAUACUGGCCUGAGUCAAUACAUGGCCCUGGAGAGUGUGGAGGGACGAAAUAAAUACGAGAUCUUCUAUCAAUGUCCA